AUGAAUGAAUAUAGGGAUGACAAAACAUGGUGCUAUAUGCAUCCAAAAGAGGAGGUUGUAGGGGUGUGUGCUCUAUGUUUGAAUCAGAGGCUUUUAGUUUUAGCUUCAAAGCAAUCAAAGUUGAAAGGCAGCGACAGAAAUUAUAGUGGCACAUACAGAAAAUAUUCUGCAACACUCCCAAAUUUAUUUGCUCUGAGUAAUCUGCUCAAUAGGCAUGAUUUUGGACAGCACAAACCCCAGCCUUAUUACAGUUCCUCUACCAGUCAAGAAGAUUCCUUCAUAUCAAUCAAGUUUGAAGACAAUGGUGUUGCUUCAUGGGAUAAAGAUCCAAUCUCCAAAAUGUCACUUGAUCAGCAAUGUGAAAUGUCUUUGAACCACAACUUGAGCAAGGUAAAAAUCAAGAGUGUAGUCGAACAUUCGAAACCGCCUCCGACACUGAGGUGGCGAAAGCCGAUUGGACAUCUUUUCAAGCUCAUCAGAUGGAAGAAGUCCAGUAAAGGCCAUGUGGGCACAAAGUUGGAAGGGACAAAGGUCAGAAUUGGAUGGUUAAGAAGUCUGACCAAAAAGAGGACCAAAGAAUAA